AUGAAGAGUAAAUGCCACCAGGUUCUCAGGACAACAGAUUACGAGAGCCACAAAGGUAGAAAUCCCGGCCAUGUCGAAGGAACAUGCCAAUGGUUUCUGCAGCAUGCACACUAUACGAAUUGGUUGACCUGCGCUUCCUCAAGUUUUCUCUUAGUUUCUGCACUUCCGGGCUGCGGCAAAUCCGUUCUAUCUAAGUUGCUUGUGGACUGCGAGAUUAAGACCACCGCAGCGCGUACCGUGUGUUAUUUCUUCUUCAAAGAGGACAGCGAGGACCAAAAAUAUCUAUCAAAAGCAUUGUGCGCUCUACUUCACCAGCUAUUUCAACACAAACCUAAACUUCUGAGCCAUGCCACGAAAUUUUAUGAUCAAAAUGCGUCGACGCUUCAGACCGGAGAGGAGGACACAGGUCAGAUUCAGCGUGAAACCAAUCUUGUCAUAGACCACAAAAUUGUCAAUCUUCAAAAGCAAUACGAACUGAGUCAAGAUAUCAUUACCGAAUUACGAGAGGAACUUGGAAAAGUUGAGCACAGGACAUACCUAUGGUUGAAGUUGAUAUUUAAUCUCCUCUCGACAGAUGCCCACUCACUCACAAAAAAGGGUAGACGAAAGAUAUUCGGUUCAAUACCGCAGUCUGUUAAUGCCGCUUACACAGCAAUUCUCAACAAGAGCAAAGACAAAGAGCAAGCCAAAAAACUCUUGCAGAUUGUUUGUGUUGCGUCCCGGCCACUCUCUUUCAAUGAAAUGAUAAUUGUCCUGACAUUGGAGGAGGGAGACACAAUUGAUGAUCAGGAAGUCUAUUCGGAGGAACAUGCAAAGUCCUUGAUCAACGAUCUCUGUGGACUCUUCGUAACUGUCAUCAACGGGUAUGUAUACUUUCUUCACCAGACCGCUAAAGAAUUCCUACUGGGAUCUGGAGAAGUGCUUAAUCAACCGACAACAAAUUCUUGGGUCUGGGAAAGCUCCAUUUCUAUCAAAGACUCUCAUCACGGUCUAGCUCAUGCCUGCAUUUGGUAUCUACAGUUAGCGCUUAAGGCUGAUUUGCUAGCGCCAUUUAACGAUGCAACUUCUGAUCUUUACCCCGAAAUUCGCCGUAGACUUCUAGAACAACACUUUUUCCUUGACUACGCUUUCAAAAAUUGGUUCAAGCAUUUUCGAGAAGCUGAGAUUCCACGAGGACACCCGUCCGUCAUUAUAGCCAUAGAAUUAUAUACAUCCGCGCUCGAUGGUUGUGGCACAUCUCCAUGGCUCUAUGUCUUUAAAUUGGGCGAUGAUUUCCCGGGUUAUAGCUCUCUUCAUUUUGCUUCCGACUUUGGACAUCUAGGUGUGUUAGAUCACUUGGUUGAAGAGCCGAAAUUGGAGAUAAAUAAGGGAGGUACCGAAGGGCGCACACCACUACAUAUCGCAGUCGAAGCGGGGAAUCUUACUGCAAUCGAUCGGCUGCUCUCAGUGCCAAAUGUUAAUUUAAAUGUAGCAGAGUGGAGUGGAGAGACCACACUAUACUUUGCCAUAGGUGGUGGACAAGACGAGGGGGGGCAGGGGGUAAUAGCUCAGCUACUGUCAGCACCCGGACUAGAUGUGAAUGCUAUUACCGACUGUGGCUAUACGGCACUCCUUUUCGUGACUAAAUAG